CAGCAACCGGACGCUUUCACCUGCUGCACUGCGACAUCAAACACGGCUGAGUCAAUGCUGCGGAAAACGCGAGUCUCUGUCUAAACGUUAAAUAAAUUGUCUAAAUUCAAGAGCUUUUAUUUAGCGCACAGUGUGUUUUGGUCGCGUAGCUCGUCUGCACCACAUUCCCCCCGUUGAAUGCUGUUCAGAAACAUCACAGCUAGCAAGCUUUCUGCCUAAACAAGAGCGGUUUGUUAGCCGUUAGCUGAUGGAUGCUAAUGUUGCGUUCGGGUGCCGUCGGAAAUAACAACGAGUGCACAUGAAGGACGCAAAACUCGGUAAAGGCCUAUGGGAAGGAACACUUUGAAGAACAGCAGAGUUUGUUUAAGUCACUGUGAUAUAAUUACACGAAUUUUCAGGAAAAAAACUACAUGAAACGACUUUGUUGCUGUUAUUUAGUUUAGACACCACCUUACGUGUCUUGCGUCUUGACGACUUUCGGGUUUGGAUCGUACGAGCAGCACCUGAAGGCAGCACCGGUCCGCUAACAUUAGCUAUGGCUGCGGCUGCGGUUAGCCCGUGAAGGAGCACAUCCUCAGCUACACCCUCACACACCAUGCCAUAAAACACACACCGACGGGGUUUCUGUGAACGACGGGACGGCAGGAACACACCUGGCAGCAGAGAUGAGUCGCUUCUGCUCGGACAACAACAACUUUCCUUAUGACAACAACGUCCUGGUUUUGGACAUGGUGCUCAGCUCUCUGUGGGGAGUGCCCCAGCCCAUAAACUGGGACAAUGUAGCCAAGCUCGUCCCCGGCUUCACCGCCAAGGAGUGUGCCCGUCGGUUUGAGGAGCUGAAGAGCACCGGCAGUUUCCCUCAUGUGGACAACCAGUGCAACGCCGUGAUGGCAGGCGGCUCCUCCCCCUCAGACGGCCUGUCCUCCUACAUCAAGGCCACGCUGCUGGACGCCGGCGAGCCGGAGGAGACAGGAACCAAACAGAGCAGCAGCAAAGUCACAGAUGAGUUGAGGAUGUGGACUCCACUGGAUGAAUUUAACAUUUCAGGCUUGAAACUAAUGCCCUCAGCAAGGGUCGGCACUGUGGAGAACAAAGAGAAAAGAGUCUCAGCCGAGGAGGACGACAAACCUCAGAAACCUCGGGAUCCCAACAUGGUCAUCCACGUGUGCGACGAGGCCAAGAACCUGAAGCAGGACUUCACGUGUCCCAGGGACCUGCUGGUCAAGGAGAUGCGCUACUUCGCCGAGUACCUGUCUGUGGACCCGCAGAGGUGGGAGGAGGUGGACAUCUCGGUUCACUGCGACGUGCAGAUCUUCGACUGGCUCAUGAACUACGUCAGGAGGAACACGGCCGGAGAGGGCAACCGAGAAAAGCCUCGGCUCGAGCCCAGCAAUGUGAUCUCAAUCCUGAUCUCCUCCGAGUUCUUGAAGAUGGAUACGUUAGUGGAGGAGUGCAUCCAGUACUGCCACAAACACAUGAGCGCCAUCGUGGCCACGCCCUGCAACAUGAACUGCAUCAACAGCAACCUGGCCACGCGGAUCGCCGAGCUCUUCAACCACAACGAGGCCGACGACGUCCGCGACAAAAAAGACAAGUUCAAAAGCAAAUUGUUCCAGAAGAAAAUUGAACGCCUCUUCGAUCCCAACCACCAGAACAGAGAUUCACUGGGAAGCGCCUCGACCCUCUACAGGUGCGGUCUGUGCCUUAAGCUGCUGACCAAAGACACAGAGAGGAAGAUCUCUUGUGUUCCGGGGAAAAUCAACAUCGACGUCCGAGGGAACAUCACCUACACUCACACGAGACAGAAGAACUGGGAUGUGCAUGAAUACCUCACCAGCCUGCAUGACGAACUCAAGUCCUGGGUCCUGGUCUACUGGAGAAUCUGGGGUACCAUCAACUACCUCACCUGCUCCCGCUGCCAACAGGUGUUUGUGUGUGCAGAGCUGACCCAGUGUAAGUACCAUCCCGAGAGUGUGCUGUAUCCUGGUAUGGGUGGAGAGAAAGGCUGGCACGGAGCUGGAAUCUACCCGUGCUGUAACCAGAGGGUGCUGCGCUUUGACCCCACCGGCAUUCCCAAGGGCUGUAAGAUGCGAGACCACAUCGUGAGCGUGCCUGACGAGGAGAGCUGCACCGACCCGGUGAGCGCCGCGCAGACCCGAGUCCUCAACGACCUCCUGCUGCACCGAGACGCCGUGUGUGUGUCCAGCACGCCGCCAGCAGAGGGGACUGAGGAGUCUCCGUCGAGCACUGAGAAGGUUCUGGACUGUGAUAUUCUCUUGGAGCCAAGACUGACCGGCCCUCAUAAAGGAGACGGCUGCACUUUUUCCCUACUGAAAAACUGGAGUCUGCAACUGAGGCAGCAGUCCCUCCUGUCGGAAGACGAGGAGUACACCACGGGGUCAGAGGUCACCGAGGACGAGGUGGGCGAUGAAGAGGAGCAGUCCAAGAAACAAGCUGCUAAGAAGGCGAAGAAGGCCAGCAGACCUCUGAAGAGACAAGUGUCCUCUCCCAACUUCCAGAGAAGAGAAAAGCCAGAGAAAGCGCUGUCGAGGGACAACACACCUUUCACCGUGAGCGCUCAGAAGAGUAAAUGGGACAGUUCUCGCUCCAUGCGUUACAACCAGGACGCUCAGAGGGAGGAAGACCAGCGCCGCAUGGUGGAAAUCGUCGGCCACCUGACCAAGAUGAGGUUCGGAGACCAGGACCAGAGCAAAUCUAAGGACACUAAAGAGCCUGCAGGGGGAAUCUACUCCAGACUGGAAGCUCAGUUCAAAAGCACCUCUCAAGCCAGACAGAGCUCAGAGAAAGCUCCCAGAUCAAAAACACGCUACGCUCAGAUCCGGACGACAUAAAAGACUGGAUCAGAAAACGCAGGAGAGAGAGAGAGAUGGCUGUUGGAAGAGCAUGACAGCUGAGGAGGAGGAGGAUGAUGAUGAUGAAGAGGAAGUGGAGAUCCUCAUCAGCCCUCAGCACAGCAAACUAACUCAGAACAGCCGGCAGCGUCUGGCCGUCCCUCCCUCCCCGUGCCGCCUGUCCCCGCCCGUCCCUGCCUGUGUUUUGGUCCACAUGGGCCCGGGACGGACACCUUGGUCAUCGUCAGCCCCUCUUUAGAGCAGCUCCCUCCCUCGUAGCUUAACUCGGGUGACUACGUACGGAUCACCUCUCCUCGCAAGCCGCCAUAACUCAGCUAGCCGUGUGUGUGUCGUGCAGCGGUGAAGCAGCUGCCGUCCUCAGUCCUGGCGAGGCUGCAGGUGAACAUCAGGCUCUCGCUCCAGGCCAGAUCUUAGAAAAUGUUCUUGGACUGACCGAGUAAAGAGCGGGUGUGUGAGAAGCAGACCUGCGUCACACAGAAUGUGCAGAUCAUGUUUGUUUUACGUAGAGCCACACACGUGGGUUUGGCCACAUCAGGCAACAGAGAUUUAGACAAUUAUGCAAAAGUAUUUGAAAGUCAAGUAACGGCACGUCUGUAAUGAUGUCGUAUCUGACAUGGCUUGAGUUGUCCAAAUGCAGUGAACUUCUCUCACCUGGUAGUGACUACAGAUUAAAAACAAAGUACUUUGCAUGUGGUAUUUAACCCAGGUCGAGUUCGAUAGAUGAAGUUUUUACUGUCCCGCUGGAAAUUUGUCCUCACAGCCCGUACACACACACAAAAAAUACUGAUAUCCAUACUGCAACACACAGAUAUACACACACAGCCACAUGUAGAUUUAUUUAUUUAUUUACCUUUAUUUAACCAGACAAGCUUGUUGAGAUAAAGAAUCUCUUUUACAAAAGUGACCUGGCCAAGAGGCCAAGAUCUGGACUGGAGCGAGAGCCUGCAGCUCUGCAGGACUGGAGCCGCAAGAAACCCGCGAGUUCAGCAAGUUCACCGUCGAGCUCGGACCUCGGCUGGAUGGGUUUUUCAAAUACCGCGUUCGAAAAGGCGAUUCAGGUUGUCUCGGUUGAGUUGCCAGUCACAGUACACUUCAUUCACUUUCAAAUAGUGUAAAUGUUGUAUUGGCAUUUGUUGUCGUGUGUGGCGAAGCCGGCCAUCUGGCAGCCCACACGCCGACAGGCAGACGCUGAGAAUCAUUUACAAAUGCUGUUUGAUCCAAUCCUGGUAGAGAUAUAGAUUUAACCGUUUCUAUCUGUUUUGGAGUAUGACUGUACUGUACACCACUGGGACCAAUAAAACAUGAAUGAACUGUGAUAUCAAAAAUAAAAGAACUAACUCCAGCUAA